AUGUCGACUGAACCAUUAGCACAUACAUUACAACGAUUAUACAUAACAUUGAAUGAUUACUGUAAUGAUAUGGAAUAUAGUUUAUGUGAUACAAAUCUUUUACCUCGAAUGAAAACAUUACACAGAUUUAGUUUUACCAAGUCUUUUAUUUGGCAUUGUAUUGAGGAAUGGAAAUUUAUUGAUGCCUUAACUUCUUCUCGUAUUAUGCCUAUAUUACGACGAAUGAAUUUCUCUAUUGUAAUUGAUGUUAAUGAUCUUGUUGAAAUGAAUCAUUCAGCAUUGUUUACAGAUUUUCGUCAUAUUGAUGUUCAUUAUACUUUUAUCAUCAAUGAUGAUCGAUCACAUAUGGAACUUCGUGAAUAUAUACUACAUAAUAAUAAACUUUAUUCUCAUGAAAUAGCUAGUGCAACAUUUAUUUCUGAAUGUUGGCCUGAUAAUCAGCCGUUCAAAACUCCUGGUCAAAAAUAUCGAACGAAAACCAAAAGUCGACAACAUCUAUUCUACACAUUGCCAUGGAUUUUCAAAGAAUUUUUUGAAUUAUGUGUUCCAGAUAGAUGUAUUAGUGAAUUACAAGUAUUUACAUCGUAUUUUCAAACAAAUAAAAUUCAUUCUUCUCGGCUUAUUAAAUUAAAUAUGUCAGACAAUCUUCCAUCGUCUACUACUUUCUUCUCUCAUCUUAUUUCUUCAAAUGAAAUUGUCGAACUUCAUUUAUUACGAUGUGAUAGACAAGUUUCGGUGAAUUUACCGAAUAUCCGUCAUCUUAUUCUCACAGACAGUCUCGACUCGUUGAAUAGUUCUCAACUUCUAAGAAAUAUUCGAUCUAUUCAAAUAACUCUUCAUCAUCAAUGUACAAGUUUUGCAACUUGUGAUUGGACUGCUUUACGUAAACUAUCAAGUUUGCCAGAGCUAAACUCUUUACGUAUGCUUUUGUAUAAUAUGCAUAUUCCUCCAGAUGAUACAAGCUGUCAAAUCAUUGCAGAGAUAGUACCAAUAAUUUCUGACUUUUCUUUUUGUUUUCGACGUCAUCAUUAUCAAGCUGUUUAUGACGUUGAUUCAGCAGAAAUGAAACAAUCUUCAUUUAUUGAACAAUUAAAAAAUCACAUUCUUGCUUUAUCACUAAAUAAACAACCGUAUAUUGUUGUUGAAGAAGGUACUUCCGGACUUACCGUCUGGUUUUGA